AUGUCUGUAGAGAAGAAGUUCAAAGACAUAGAAUCACAGGUAGUUCCUGUUGAUAGUUAUAGCAGUACCAGUGAUGAGUCCCUUAAAGAUGGGUCACCAGAGUCAAAGUCAAAGAACUGGUUUUCUUUUCUUAGCUUUCUUGGAGAAGUUGAAACUCGUGGUAUUGAACGUGUUCCAGAAGAUGAAAGGACUGAUACAUCUUGGCUUUCUCCGUUCAUGAUCUUCUUCUCCCCAAAUAUUUCCAUUGGCUCUAUAUCAACUGGGGCUUUGGGAACUGCUGCCUUUGGAUUGGAUUUCUGGACUUGUACUAUUCUCAUUGUGGUGUUCGCUUUCAUUGGUGCAUUGCCUGUGGGGCUCUAUGCAGUGUACGGGAUGAAAUUUGGAUUAAGACAACAAAUCCUUUCUCGUUUCCUUGUGGGAAAUACAGCAGCAAGAUUCUUUGCUUUACUUAAUGUUAUUAGUUGUAUCGGUUGGAAUGCCAUGAACACAAUUGCUGCCGUGGAGCUUCUAAAAGCAGUUGGUCCAAUUCCUCCACCGGUUGGAUGUGUCAUCAUUGUCGGAUCCACCAUGUUUUUGGCGCUAUUUGGUUACAAGGUCAUCCAUUUAUACGAAAAAUGGUCCUCUAUUCCAAAUGUUAUUAUUUGCUUCAUUAUUAUUGCCCGUUUGAAAAUCGAAGGAGAUUUUGUUCCUGGGGAUAUGUCUGCUGAUAGAAACAAAAUUGGUAAUAUCUUGACUUUCAUAUCCCUUAUUUUUGGGUUCUGUGCUGGCUGGGUUCCAAGUGCUGCGGAUUACACAGUAUAUGUUCCAUCAAAUACAUCCCCAGAAAGAGUUUUCUGGCCAAUGGUUUGGGGAUUAACAUUACCUUCAAUUUUCACUUUGAUCUUAGGUGCAGCAAUGGGGGCAUGUACUUUCAAUAAUGCCAGACUCAGUGAUGCCUAUUCUGAAUCUUCAAUUGGGGGCUUGACUUAUGGUAUUCUAGUAACCGAUUCUUUGGGGACUUUUGGUAAGAUAUGUUGCGUUGUUUUUGCUUUGUCUACCAUUGCUAAUAAUUUGCCGGGAUCUUAUUCAUUAUCCCUCUCUAUCCAAGCAGUGUGGUCUAAAUUGGCCAAAAUCCCUCGUAUUAUCUGGUGUAUCAUUGGUAAUGCUAUUUCUUUGGGAAUUUCAAUACCUGCAUAUUACAGUUUCUCUUCAGCUUUAGAGAACUUCUUGUCCAUUAUUGGUUAUAACACCUCUAUUUACUUGGGAAUUUGUUUGAGUGAACAUAUUUUUGCUAGAAAAAACAGCUUCAAAAAUUAUGAUUUGACAUUUGACGAGUCGAAAAACAAUUUCCGGGAGGUUCGAGUGGGUUAUGCCGGACUUAUUACAAUGUUAAUUGGUUGGUUUUUCGCAUUUGUUGGUAUGGAUCAAACUUGGUUUGUAGGUUUAGCAUCAAGACAUAUUCCUCCAUCUGGUGGUGAUAUUGGCUGGGAGGUUUGUAUCACUUCCACUUUUAUCAUCCAUUCAAUAUUGAGACCUUUGGAGCUUAAGUACAUCGAAAAGAGGUAA